UACCUUACUAAUUCCUCAGUUAGUCUGCUACGUACUCUGCUUAUCCAUUUUUAACUUAACUAUACUUCUGAAACUGCCAUUUGGCAUUUCUUUUGAGAAUGGGUGCUCUUCCAUUCCAAAGCUUAGCUUAUUUACCUUGUGCUGCUUCUUUAUCUCCAAGCUGUAUGAAGAAUGAGCAACCUAAAAAUGGUAUGGCUAAAAGUUUGCAAGAUAGAUAUCCCUCAAUAGUGAUCAAAAGAUUGCCAAGAAGGCUUCUUUUGCAGUUUAUGGGGUUCAACCCCAUCCUAUUAUGUGUUUAUCCCAUUAUUGCUGCACCGCUGCCAGAGAUGAAGGAACCUGAAGUUAUUCGGGCCUUCAAGCUAGCCAGUGGUGUGAGAAUUCAAGAGAUUAUUGAAGGGGAAGGACCAGAAGCCAAUGAAGGAGAUGUAGUCGAAGUUAAUUAUGUAUGCAGGCGCGCAAAUGGAUAUUUUGUUCACAGUACUGUGGAUCAAUUCAGUGGAGAAAGCAAACCAAUUACACUUCCUUUGGAUGAGAACCAGGUUAUAGAGGGCUUGAAGGAGGUUCUGAUUGGCAUGAGGGUUGGAGGAAAAAGAAGAGCAUUAAUACCUCCUUCUUUUGGAUACAUAGACGAAAACUUACAGCCAAUCCCUGAAGAGGUUGCACUUUAACUUUUUGGUCCUCGACGCAGCCUUUUAUCGCAUGCAAACGAGCCUUUGGUAUUUGAGGUGCAGCUGUUGAAAGUAAUAUUCAAGAAUUCUUUUUGAAUACUUGUAUUCAAUUCUUUUGUGAAGAAUAUACAAGUUAUAUUUUGGUGGGUAAUAGUGAAGUUUUAUUUUUAAACAUUUGAUUAUUGUAUUUGGAUCUUCAUCCCUCCCCAUAUAUAGUUUGAAUGGACAACAUUUGUUAUUUCAAAUGGGAAAUUUAUUUGGUUUGUUGUAGAA